AGUGGAAGCAAGAAUUCAUGUUCACUUCUGUUUUAGAACGUUUCACGUGAACUUAUACAAGACAAUGAUGUUGUGUCCCAGGCGGCUUGAGGGUGGGACAAAGACAAGAGGUAAACACGUGACUUUUGAACUAAAUAUUUAUUUAACAAAAUAUAAGUGAAGCAAUGAUAGUAUAAAGUAUAUCAAUCAGUACAUCAGUAGUGUUUGUGUGAGUGACAGUGAAGUGUAAUGAACAAAAAAGAGAGAGAGCGAGAGACUAACACCUCCAGCUUAUAUAGCUGAGGACGAGGAGGUGCUGAUUAGUAAUGCACUUCCUGCUUUCCUCUUAACCGGGAAAGACGGCCCGAACAGGAAGUCAAGAGGGCUGUCAGAGUUGUCAGGUAUGCAGUAAAAUGACAUUUCUCUUGUCAGCACAGUUUUGUGUAAUCAGCUUUAGAUCUUUUGGCCAGUUUAAUGGAUGGAAACAGUGUUUUGAUCUGCUUUUUCCACUGUUAACAGCUCAUUUUGGUAUAAAAAUAAAGAUGUUAAAUGCAAUAACACUGAGGGGCUGAUUGCCUGUAUUGCAGAGACUGUUGUGAAACAACUUGAAACUAGAGAUUGAGACCAUCAACUCAUUAGGAAACUGUUCACUGACCUAAGAAAGACUUUUGCAGCCACUGGAGCUGCCCUCUGCUGGCCAUAAGAAAGAAUGCAUGUUAACACACCUCAAGGUUAGCUUCACUUCACAGACCUGGAAACUCUGUCCACUAUAUACACAGUCAUCACUCCAGUAUGCAUGAGUGAAAACACAUCUGUGAGUGCUGUGUUUGUAUCAAAGAGGAACAUGUUACCCAUCUUGAUCUUACUGUGGAAGUGUUUAGCAGAUAAGAGGAUGACACUUUUUCUGGCACUUCAUUUCUACAGUCGUCAUCAUUUUUUGUAUCUUUCAUCUGAGAUUAAGAUGAAAGCAGCAGCAGCAGCAGCACUUCCUUAAGACUUCACACCAGCAGCAUAGCUGAGAGAGUUUGAGGUUUACGUAACAGAGAGCAGUGCAAAGGGGUCUGUCUACACUCCCUUCGGUAGAGUUUACUGGACACCGUGAGCAGCAGUUGCACUGUUGGUUAGAGGUCUCAACCAGUAUGGGUAGAUGGAAACUGUGUUUUUUUCUGCUUCUGCAGCUAACUUUUUAUAUCGGCAGCACAGCAACUCUUGUGAAGCUUUCAAAAACCAUUGGGAGUAAACCAGAUGUGACUCCAAUCUGCACCAAUGAAACACUGAAUAUGGUCGCACUUGUAGUUUGUAAGAUCAGAACAGAGAUGAGAGGAGAAGAGUGUCGUCUGCUGUAUCAACAUGGACAGGACUUUGUGCAUGAAUGUGACUCCAGAUUCACACUGAUGGAAGAGAAUCAGACUUUACUUCUCCACCUGACCAGUUUAACACCAGAGGAUAGUGGGAACUUCACCUGUGAGUGUUCACUUGUUGGUGGAACAAUUAUUCUCCAUCUGAAUAUCACUGUGGAAGACUGAAUGUCCUGCAACAACCAAACACACAGCCAUGAGGACAUUCACACUAUGCUCCUGCAGGUGAUGGCCAACAGCAGUCACCGGGAUCAGACGUUGCCUUUGGACCCAGAAGGUUGCUAUUGUCCUGGUAAUGACCUUCACUCAGUACAUACAGCAUUCAGAUGGACCUCUGCCAAAACCUGAGGAACUGGGUUGAACCUAGAAUAUCAAAUGCACAAUGUAAGGGACCCACAAGUACUGUAUAUAUCUCAUUUUCCUCCAAAAUAAUCACCAAAUACUAACUAGUAUUUUGUUAUUGAACUAAAGCAAACAAACUCACAUUUGAUGCUUGAGUUUAUUUGAAAGAAAACAUUAAAAUAAUGCAUAAAGGUCCAUAAAGGUUGGCUACCAUCAGGAACUUAGCUUUAGCAUAAUGCUAAACAGAUGCUUUCAGAGAAACAAGUAUUAAAGAGUCGCCUACAGAGUCUCAACUUGAAGUAGGGGAAGUCAUGUCUUGUACAUCCAUUUUAGGACACGUCACUAUCAGCUCGUACACAGAUAUUUUAGGUAUUGUGGGGAUUAGGUAGCAGAAGAGGUGUGCCCCUGUUUAUUUUCCACUCUGCGCUGUAUUUACUGUUUACUGAGAAGCAGCACUGUUGUUCAGACGUUCUGCGAUCAUGGACCAGUGGAAACCCUGGCUUGUUCUGCUUCUGCCGCUGUGUUUGUGUUUUGACACUGAAGUGACUCUUGUGAAGACCAUCGGUAAAGAACAAGAUGUCACUCCAAUAUGCACCACUCGAGUGCUGCGAAUCCUCUCAGUUGUGUGUAAGAUCCGCACAGAAAGGACAAGGGGGAAAGGGUGUCGUCUGCUGUAUCAACAAGAAUGGGGCUUUGAGACCGAGUGUAACUCCAGGUUCACACUUACGAUGGAGAAUCAGACUGUGUUUCUCAACCUGACCAGUUUAACACCAGUGGAUAGUGGGAACUUCACCUGUGAGUGUUCACGUGCUGAGGGAAUACAUAUACUCCGACUGAAUAUCACCGUGGAAGCGUCACAUGAAGUGCAGAACAGCAGCAGUUCUUCUGGGACAUGGUCCAUCAUUGUGAUUGUUAUCGCCAUAUUCAUCAUUGUGCCUGGAGUUUUCCAUAGACGUAUCCUGAGAGAAACACGCUGCAGAGACGAUACACGGUUUGGAGCAUCCGGACAAUCUGUCUGUGAAACCCCCGGCUCUCUGGACACAGAUGACCCAGAAAACCCCUACGCAAGCCUUGAACAGCCAGGAAGUGAUAUAUACCAGAAUAUUUCAUCAGUACACCAUCAACACCACAGCAAGCUAAAGUCAUCCAGAAAGAAAACAGCGACCAGUUUUGAUCAGGAAAUAGAAAACGAGACUGAUCAAAAUUACGAAAUCUAUGAAAACCUUUGAGUCAAACAUGUGUUAAGUUACCUUUUCAUUUUUUAACCUUAUACUUUGUCACAAAUACAAACUCUUCAUACUUAAAAAAUACUGUACUGUAAAUGCAUCAUUCUGUAAAAAUGCACACAUGCAAAAUAUUUUUCCUGUAUGGCUGAAAAACUUGCUGAUACUCAACAUUAAAGAGAUACUGAACGCUUGAA